GAUUAGCUAUUCAACGUAUUGUUUCGCAGAUGUGGGGAGCACACUCCCGUCUGUGGCGAAAGGGCGGCGGUGGUUUGAAGCCGAGAAAGAGGGAGAUGAGGAGGAAUAUGUCGGUGUGAGGACGUCUCUUUGUGCUCACGACAGCGAAACUCAUAUCGCCAGGUGUGUCUCCUCAGCUACCUCCUAGCCUUAUUCUUCUCACCUUUCCCACCACUGUCGAGGUAGCCAUGGCGACCAGCGCACUGCCAAGUGACAACCUGCCAACGUACAAGCUGGUGGUGGUGGGGGAUGGUGGUGUCGGGAAGAGUGCUCUGACCAUCCAGUUUUUCCAGAAGAUCUUUGUGCCGGACUACGAUCCCACGAUAGAGGACUCGUAUCUGAAACACACAGAGAUAGACGGGCAGUGGGCCAUACUGGAUGUGCUGGACACAGCGGGCCAGGAAGAGUUCAGUGCGAUGAGGGAGCAAUACAUGAGGACAGGAGACGGAUUCCUCAUCGUCUUCUCUGUGACGGACAAGGCCAGCUUUGAACACGUCGACCGGUUCCAUCAACUCAUACUGCGGGUCAAAGACAGGGAGGCAUUCCCCAUGGUGCUUGUGGCAAACAAAGUUGACUUGGUCCAUCUGAGAAAGAUCACCACCGACCAGGGCCAAGAGAUGGCUGCCAAACACAACAUAACUUAUAUUGAAACCAGUGCCAAGGAUCCUCCAAUGAAUGUGGACAAAGCCUUUCAUGAGCUGGUCCGUGUUAUAAGACAACAGGUUCCAGAGCGAAACCAGAAGAAGAAAAAGAAGAUGAAAUGGAGAGCAGAGCGUUCAGCGGGUACCCACAGGUUCCACUGCGCCAUAUUGUGACCUCCUGUUUACCAUUCGUAACACCCACACACACAUCCACACGCACGCCCACGUACCUUUGGAUGUCAGGGAACUCCCCAGCAGUGGUUAACUACUGGAGCACAAAAGGGAGGGGGAUGCCUGGAAGGAGGAGUGAAUCUCAAAAUGUGGGACUCUUCACAAAGCCUUUGAAUGAGCGCUGUGCCCUCUCUCCUCAAUUUAUGGUCCCUUUUUUUAAGGUCUAUAAAUCCCUCCCAUCCUCUAUUCCACACAGAACAGUUUCACAAUGAGGUGUCAUUUCUUUGUUCAUUUCAACUGAGCCACUAGAUGACGGAAUCUGGGGGGAAAUGAUAUUGGAACUUUUGUCUUCUUGAAAAAGGAAGAAAUAGGGAGGACCCGGCUCAUUAGCGCCUCGUUCUUUUUUUACGAAGUAACUCCUGACAAAUGGUUCUCACCUUUUAUAUCCUCACACUCCUACGAUAUCUGGAAAAAAAGCACCUGUGUGAUUUUUAAAUAUGUUAUCAUAAGGGCAUAGUGGAAGAACAUGAGAGGUCAAUUUUAGGGAGUCAUUAGGCGUUGUCGGCUGGCAAACAGUGAGUGUGGCGGGACACUUUGCCGUCAUGCGAUGCUCCGGUUUGGGGAAUGUCAGUUCAGAGAGGGACGGAAGGAUGUGUCAAAGCAAGCGAAAGAAGGGGACGUGAUUAGAUAACGUGUUUCAUAUCGGUCCACAGGUGAGCUCUGUGGUCAUAUAAGCGCGUGGAGUAAGUGUUUAAAUAUUGUAAUUGUAAAGGAGAGUGAGAUGGGUUUAUGUGGUUACAAUAUAACGUCAACAUAACAGGGUUUAUACCAACACUGAUGUAUCAGCGGCCAUGUUUACAGACUUAUUAAUGAAUUAUUUCCUCAGCAUAAAAACACACACAAUAUAUCAGAGCCAUUUUUAAGUGUUUGAAAUAAUUAUUUAGGUUGCCUCUUCAGCCAUCAGCAAUGGCACGAGUGCAGUCUUUAUCAGUACUGUACGGACAAUAUCCCUAUUUGUCUCUUUUUUUAAAGUCUUAAAACAAGUUAUUUUCCAUGUUUUUGUAUCAAAUAAUAUAGAAAAAAUACAGUUAUAUUUGUGAUAUUAAAACAUAUAAUCAUACGUGGCAAUGUAAACAAAUUCAAUGCUGUUUUACAAAGAGAUCUGUAGGCGAAUAUUAACAAAAUAUAAUAGAAAAGGGAUAAAGUGAGUGGCGUGUUUCAGAUCUGAAGCCGGCUGGAGAAGCUGAUUUGCACUGGCCACUAACCAAAAUAAUGUGAUGUCACUUUAUUUCAAUCUAGGGGGCUUUUUUCAGACCGCACCGCUGAAUUCAGGACAAUGAAUCAUGCUCAGCAAAGGAGAACACUCCUUUUGGAAACAUUCAUACUGUAGCCCUGGGAAUACAUCAGGCUGUGUGUGAGGCUCCGGGGGCUUAAAGCCAAUAAAACCUAGCUAAUUGUAGGAGAAGACACACACUCCAAGCAACAAGACAUUGAGUAUAUCCAUGUAUGUCGCCGUGAGGUGGAUAGAAAUGUACAAUUGAAUAACCUAUGAAAUGGCUUGUACUGUUAACGCACUAAAAGUUUCGGUGGACAACUUUUUUGUCUGGAUGAAUACCGUCUCUUUAAGGAAAUACAUUUUUGCACUUUUAAUACAAUUUCAGACUUUCCUAUUUGCAUGUUGUUUUUCUGUUCAAAAACCUGUAAGUGAAAUGAAAGGCACUGUAAAAAAAAAAAAAAAAAAAAAAAAAAAAAAUUUGAAUGUAAAAUGGAAUAACAAAACAAGCAAAUAGGCUAUUAGUGUUGUAGAGCUGUGUGCCUGUGUGUAUGCCUUUGUGUUGAUUGUGACAGAUUAAAUCCAUCGGGAUUUAAUCAUUGGAAAGAUAUUGAAGGAAACGUUUAUGUUACUUUGAAAAUAAGGAGGUAGAGUAUGAAUAAAACUCAGUUAUUGAAUGUUAUACAAAUUCACCUCAGCAUGAAAGUGGAAAAUCAACCUCAGCAAAAGAAGGACAUCAGUAUAAAUCAACAUCUACUGUUAAAGGGACUCCGAAGACUUUCAAGUGUCGAACAUUGAGCAAUGAAGCAACAGACUCUGGAUUGUGGGGGAGGGAAAAAACAAAAAAAACCUGAAUGUGUUUGAUGAAAAAUGUUGCAUCAUGUAUGUUUGAUACCAUUUUGUAUUAUUGAUAUGAAUUAUUGAUAUGAUUCUUGCAAAGUGUUUUUUAAACAACUGAAUAAUUUAUUACUGUCUGUUACCUCAGCGUGUCCCAGACCUGGACAGAAAGCUAAACUCACCCCCUCGCCCCUUUUUUGUUUUCUUUGGGGCUCUCAAUGGGUCGUAGGCCUUUUGACCUUUGAGCCCCCAUAUGAAGAGACUUGUAAUGUGUCGUGGACCAAUAAAGAUGAAGGAACCCCGUUUGGUCCUGGAAAAACAAAAGGACCUCUUCUUUACUGGAGCUCAUGUGGAUGGUCCCGCAAGAUAAAAUGUUUUCACACAAGCGUCAAAACACGGAAAGUUUGUCGACCAAUUUGUAACUAUAAAUGUGCAUUUUUUAAAUGUGAAAUUUCUUGAAGGUUCAGAUUUACAUUUUGGGAAUCACCCUUAUUGACUUUCUUGCUGAAAUAGAUUACAUUUUAAGAUACAGCCUGCAGUUGUUAGCUUAGCCUAACUGUAACGAGAUGGAAAAAGCUUAUCUGGCUCCUUCUUAAAGUAAGAAAAUCAGCCAACCAACAUUUCCCAAGAUCAGUGAGUGUGUUACUUUUAGUUUGUUAUACUGUAUCUACAAGUUGUGGAUUUCUUUCUUUCUUUUUAGGCUAGCUGUUUUAAGUCUUUCUGCUAAGAGCUAAGCUAUGCUAACCGUCAUGCGGGCUAACUUCUUGUUUAGUGUUCAGAGUAGACACGAGCAGUUGCUAUCUUCUCGUCUAAUUCUCAGCAGAAAAGUUAAUAAAUGAUUUCCAACAAUGUCGCACAGUUCCUUGAAGCGGACUGGACUUGUUGUAGGCUAAUUUAACUUUUUGUCUCAGUUCUAGGCUAAUUUAACUUUUUGUCUCAGUUCUAGGCUAAUUUAACUUUUAGUUUUGAGGUCCAAAAUACAGUGCACAAUGUGAAAGUUACCUUUCUUGAGUGAAUCAUUGUGGCUGGUACAAAGAAACCUACUGAUUACUUCACAUUUCAGGCAGACCAAAUACAAAAUGCUGAAAGUGAAUAUAGCGUCCUAUUGAUUAUUCGACCCCUGGAUUAUAUGUGAGUUAAAUUGAGCACAUUUGUUUCAUUAAAUGGAGGGGUUGCAUUUGUUUUCAAAAAAGACACCAAGUAUUGUUGGAGUUAUGCAAUUGAUUUGAUUCGUGUAUGUCCUGGAACUUUGUCAGUAUUUGGCAGUAAAGGCCUUGUUAGGUCUGGAUAACAAAAAAACAAAACAUGUAGGCUAUGGUGUUACACCAGUUGUGUAAUCUGUGUUUUUGGACAGGUCUGUUGUGUUCUAACUGGCUGUGUCAGACUGAGGAGCUAGACGAGGCACAAACAAACUGUGGCCUUUUUAUCUAGCCUCAGGGGUCGAUUAUAUUUCAAUAAAGAAAUACAAGUAUUGUGA